CCUCUCCAUUGCUUACGACCAAAAUCAAACACAUAGAUCAAGCAUUACUAAACCUAAUUGCCUUUUCUAGCUUUUCCUUUCCGAGAAAAAAAACACAGCACUUAUUUUCUCAUUAACCAAACACUCUUGCCACUACUACUUCAUUUAUUAAACCAAGCAUGACUCCUAACAUCGUCAACGCUGCCGCAGCCAGAGCCACCGGUCUUGCCAAGGAAGCCAGUGGUCCGAACCGGGCUUAUGUGACCUUCUUGGCCGGUGAUGGAGACUACGUGAAGGGCGUGGUGGGGUUAGCCAAAGGGCUGAGAAAGGCGAAGAGCAAGUACCCUCUGGUGGUGGCGAUUCUGCCCGACGUUCCCGAGGAUCACCGGAAAAUUCUGGUGGAUCAAGGGUGCAUCGUCCGGGAGAUUGUGCCACUCCACCCACCGGAGAACCAGACUAAGUUUGCCAUGGCCUAUUACGUUAUCAACUACUCCAAGCUUCGUAUUUGGGAGUUAGUGGAGUACAGCAAAAUGAUAUACUUGGAUGGAGAUAUUCAAGUCUUCGACAACAUUGACCAUCUGUUCGAUCAGCCAGACUCCUACUUCUACGCCGUAAUGGACUGUUUCUGCGAGAAAACUUGGAGCAAUAGCCCACAAUACAAGAUCGGCUACUGCCAGCAGUGCCCGGAUCGAGUCCAGUGGGCUUCAGAGUUGGGCCCAAAACCUCCUCUUUACUUCAACGCAGGAAUGUUCGUUUUUGAGCCCAGUUUGCCGACUUACCAUGAUCUCCUCAAGUCAGUCAAAGAGACCCCUCCAACCCUCUUUGCUGAACAGGACUUUUUGAACAUGUUCUUUAGGGACAAGUACAAGCCUAUUCCACCAGUUUACAAUCUUGUUUUGGCCUUGUUGUGGCGUCACCCUGAGAAUAUCGAUCUUGACCAAGUCAAAGUCGUUCACUACUGUGCUGCUGGGUCCAAACCAUGGAGGUAUACUGGGGAGGAAGAAAAUAUGGAUAGAGAAGAGAUCAAGAUGCUAGUCCAGAAAUGGUGGGACAUAUACAACGACGAGUCGUUGGACUACAAGAAAACGACAACUGCUGGUGUGGAAGCUCCAAAUGGAACAACAGAGCAAGUGAAUCUCCAAGCCUUCUUGGAGGCACUAUCAGGGGCUGGUGUCGUUCCUCGUGUUAGAGCUCCAUCCGCGGCUUAGUGCCGUGUGUGUGGAUUUGCUGACCACAUCAUAUUUUAUACGGCUUUUUAUUUUUUUAAAAUUGUCUUCCUAUUAUUAUUUGGAAGACAUAUACAUAUAUCUUUUUAUUUUUAUGUAUGCUUAAUUUAGGUGUGUGACUGUGAGUGAGGAAACCCUAUGGAACUACUUUGGGUUACUUUCGUGCUGUAUUGGAAAUUGGAAUUAAUUAUCCUGUACUAAUUUAUUUUAUAUAUUAAUGAAAGUACGAAGUAUAUAUUUACUUC